AUGCCCUCAACUAUUGCUCUAGGAUGCACCGUCGGAAUCGUCUCGUCGCUGUGUCAGUCGGUUGGACUCACCUUACAACGCCAGAGUCACAUUUUGGAGGACCACAAGCCCGGUACCGACUCGUAUCGACCGCCUCAUCGUCGAGCCCGUUGGAGAGUCGGCCUGCUGCUGUUUCUCAUUGCCAACGUGCUGGGAUCGUCGGUGCAAAUCACCACUCUUCCGCUGGUGGUUCUGUCGCCGUUACAGGCCGUGGGUCUGGUGUUCAACUCCAUCUGUGCCACCGUCAUUCUCAAUGAACCCUUCACGGUGUUUUCGCUGGUCGGCACGGCACUGGUGUCGCUAGGAGCGCUUCUCAUUGCCGCGUUUGGCGCCAUCGAAGAGCCCAACCACUCGCUCAACGAACUGCUCGUACUAAUGAAACGAAAACCCUUUGUGCUGUGGAUGGCAUUCACCGCCGUGCUCGUGUUUGGCAUCAUGGGCGCCAUCAAGGCGGUUUCUCGAUCCCAGAAACACCUCGGCUCGAAGAGAAGAGCCAGUAUUGGCAGUGGCUACAGCACAAUCACGGAGGAAGACCAGAAUGAAACCAGGGACUCCCCAACCACAGUGCUUAUCGGACUUCUCUACGGAGGCAUUUCUGGUAUUCUCUCGGCCCAUUCUCUGCUGUUUGCAAAGUCAGGUGUUGAACUGCUUCUCAGAGCAAUGACUUCCGGCCUGGGAGAUUUACAGCGAUGGCAGUCCUGGGCCAUUGUGGUGUGCUUCCUGACCCUCGCUGUGACACAGCUCAUGUUCCUCAACAAGGGUUUGCGACUGUGUUCCACGUCGAUUCUUUACCCGCUCGUGUUUUGCGUCUACAACAUCAUCACCAUCGUCAACGGCCUCGUCUACUUCCAGCAGCUCGAGCGACUAUCGAGUGUGCAGAUCAUCCUCGUCAUUCUGGGCGCGCUGCUCGUGUUUGCGGGAGUUGUGGCUUUAUCGUGGCGUUUCCAGGAAAAGUCUUCUCUUUCUCAUGUCUAUGAAGACGAGGAGAUUGAGCCACUGAUGCCAGCUGCUCUGAUUGCGCUGGAAAACACCAUGGAAGAGGCGGAAAACGAGAGCGAGAGAGAUACGUCUCCUUCUCCGCUGUAUUCGCAAAAUACUAACAAUAACAGUGGUCGACGAAAGCGAUGGUCUCUGUCAAUCUCCACCACUCCUAACAAUGCCAGUUCAGCCUCGAUAGCUGGACCCCCGUCUCCCUCACCGUUGCGUCUGCACCGGCGAUCCAUGUCGUCGCUCUCGUAUCUGCCCCAGAGCCCCAGCAACCGGCGCAAGAUCUCCGUUCAGCAGCAGACCCUCAUGAAGGAGCUGGGACUGUGA